CACAGUCACAAGGAGGAGGCAAAUGCCGAGGCUCAUAUGAAGGUGGAUAAAAUCUUAUAACUGGAAUUCCUCUGAAGACAGGAAGAGACAGGAUGGGCAUCAACACAUCGACACAAUCCAGGUCACCCCCUAUUGAAAGCUUGAUAUCCGUUGUGCGGAAACAUCAAAAACAUGGUCUCUCAUCCAUUUUCAUCGCCCUCGUCUUGGUGGUCCGAGAUCGUGGCGACGUAUAAUCCACACAAGAUCGAGUUUGUCGGUACCCUCAUAGUCCAGAUAUGUUCCUUCUGGCUCGUCUCCGCCUUUUACAUCUCUCUCGACCACCUCCUGCCUUCCUUCUCGGCCCGGCACAAGAUCCAGCCGGCGCCAAAGCAGCCCACCCGGGCUGAGAUCUGGCACUGCCUUCGCGUCGUCUCCAGGAACCAGCUCAUGUCCCUGGGCCUGGCGCUACUCAACACGACUGUAUCGCUGAAGACGGGCCGACCUUGCGCCUUCCGGGUAUCCGCCACCCCUCCGCCGCUCGCCGAGCUGGCCACGGAGCUCAUCCUGUGCACGCUCAUGCGCGAGGUGCUGUUCUACUACUCGCACCGGCUCCUGCACUCACCGCGCUUCUACCGAGCGAUCCACAAGCAGCACCACAAGUUCACGGCGCCCGUGGCGCUGGCCGCCCAGUACGCCCACCCGGUCGAGCAACUGGUCGCCAACACCAUGCCGGUGAUGCUGCCGCCCCUGCUGCUGCGCAGCCACGUGCUGACCAUGUGGGCCUUCCUGGGCUCCGUCCUGGUCGAGACCGCGACCGUACACAGCGGCUACGACUUCUUCGGCGGCGCCGCACGCAUGCACGACGCGCAUCACGAGCGCUUCAACGUCCACUUUGGCGUCAUCGGGCUGUUGGACUGGGUCCAUAAGACGGGGGGAAAGCCUGCGAGGGCGAAAGGAGAGUGAUGGUGUUCGAAUUCUCAUUAGGGAUCUAGCGGGACUCGGACAUAGUCUUCCCAGAGAGUUGAGCAUGUUAGUUAGAAUCAAUUCGGCACGAGAUACAAGGACACGAGCAUGGAUGAGGAUGGUUUCGGGGCUUUGAAUUGCCCCCACCCCUCACUUGUCCUAUUCAACUCGAAGGACACGAUAAAGGGAGGUGGAGAGAGAGGGCCAAGCGAGGCAAGGGGGGAGGAGUUUAGGUUUCGUGAUGAAGAUGUCGGUCCUACCUGAGAUGGCGAACUUUGAUGGGGCUAUCUAUAAUACAACGUAGCAGAUGCAUUAGAAAAGUUAGGAAUUUGUAUUGGCAAGGGCCGGCCCGGCUUUAAACUUGUCUGAGAAAGUGAUGCUGUGGUUCUACAUCUUAACAGAGAGCUACAAUUUGUUCCUAUUUUGUCUCGGGUGACAUGGCAUGAAGGGUUCAAUGUCAACCCGAAUACAAGGAGAGUAGCCCGCUCCGUUUCAUGCG